ACAAAGAGAGAAAAAACGAUCGGAAAGGGAACGGCCCCGGCAGAAUCGUGCCGCAAGCCAGCACUGACGCCGCCUUCCGCCGUCCGCGAAACGAAGUCGCGUCAUCUUCAAGCUUCAUCGCCAGCAUCGCCAAUUUCUCGCCCGAAGCCUGCUUCGCCGCCGCUCUCCACCCGGACGCAAGACCCAGCGCCGCCGCCGGCAUCACCGGAUCGAAGAGCAAAACGCGAAACGAAGCCCAAAAACGGAGAUACAACAGAGCGCAGCUAAUUUUCACUGGUGCGAAUUGCGAAGAAUGAAUAGAAGAAUGAAUAGAAGAUGAGAAGAGGUGUUUCUUCCUUGAAGGAGAAGGAGAAAAGCCGCAGGUGGUGGGAAUUAAGGAUUUCGAUGCUGCGAUAGGGAAUCAGUGGAAUUUGUGCACUCCCCUCAAAUUUCCUUGUGAGUUCUGAUUGAGCUGGUUCCCGCCUUUACUGUUCCGCAAGCUGACUGAGAGAUGGUGCGGCGGGGUGGGAAGAAGGAAGAGAACGCUCCGCCACCGGAAAACCCGGAGGUGGAGGAGCGGAGGAGGCUGAAGAAACUUGCAUUGUCGAAGAGGAUGCUUUCAGAGACACCUGUGAAGGCGGCAACAGCGGCUGGGAAUGCUCUGCAACCAUCCAAGACAGUGAUCAAACAUCACGGCAAAGACCUAAUUCGCAAGUCUCAGCGCAGCAAGAGCCGUUUCCUCUUCUCGUUCCCUGGGCUUCUCGCCCCCGUUUCCGGUGGCAAAAUCGGCGAGCUCAAAGAUCUUGGUAGCAAAAACCCUAUUCUGUACCUCGAUUUCCCUCAGGGCCAAAUGAAGUUAUUUGGGACAAUUGUUUAUCCAAAAAACAGGUACUUGAGUCUGCAGUUCUCCAGAGGUGGGAAGAAUGUAGUGUGUGAUGAUUACUUUGACAACAUGAUUGUGUUUUCUGAUGCAUGGUGGAUAGGGAGGAAAGAUGAGAAUCCAAAUGAAGUGCGUCUUGAGUUCCCAAAGGAGUUGAAUGUGCACCAGAAUGCAGAGUACGAUUUCAAGGGUGGUGCUGGUGCAGCAUGUAAUGGAAAAGAGGGGAUUAACAGAACAGGGAUAAAUUUUGCAGAACAAGAAUCUCCUAAACAUGAACAAGAAGAUGAUUCUACAGAAGAUCAAAGUAAUGUCAAAGAAUUCUUUGAUAUAACUCCAAUUCGGCAUUCAGCGAGGACAGCUAAAAAAACAUUCAAUUUUGCAGAUGCUUCUUCUGGCGAUGAUUUUGUUGUCAGUGAUGCUGAAACUUCAGAUGAAGAGGAACAGAAAGUUGGUGUUAAUCAUUCAAACAGGAACUUUACUUCUAAGAAGAAAGAAAAAUUGCCUGCUACAGUCUUUGAUGUUGACAAGGAUGUAGUUAUUCUAGAUCCAUGUGCUGAGAAAAGUACACCUGGUGCCAAAGUAGCCUCUACAUCCAAGGAGCUUCCUCACAGUAAUCACAGUUCUCUUGUUCAAGCAACUAUAUCUACUAUGUUUAAGAAAGUCGAGGAGAAGAUCUCAAGGAAAUCUACUAAGUGGACAUAUGGAUAGGACUAUUUCUGAUUAAGCAUGCGCAAUACAGCAACCAUGAAACUGCUUUCUAGCCUAACUCAUGCAAAGUUUUAACUUAUAAGCACCGCCUGAUAUUGAUGAUACGUUGCAACUCCUGUAAGUCCUUGGCACAAGUCAACACAACAACACAGGCUGUUCAUAGUAUCUUAUGGUAGAAUCUUUAAGGCUUUAAUUUCUAGAGUCAUUUAACUAGCCCCUCACUGCACCAUGAUUGGAUAGAAGUCAUAGAACAUGCCACACACAUGUAUUCUUGCAGUGAUGCCAUUACGAUAAGUCGUUCCCAAUUUUAAAGAAUUUAGUUCUCCAUUUAUUUUACAUCUUAACUAAAGAUUAACUUCAACUUAUCAAUAUAAAUGUCUCCAGAAAUCUAUGAUAACACAAUGCUAUUCAUCUUUUUAUGUUUAAUCAUUGCAUUAUUGUAUUAUGUUAGACUAUAGGUAUCGAUCCAUCUAUUUGCUCUAUGCUGUUG